UUUGCGGAGUUGGGCGGUGCCGAGGAGGAGGUGGUGGCCUGGGUCUGACGCGGCCGGCUGUGUGGUGCCCCGCUUGUUUAUUUAUUUAUUUAGUUCGGGAGCCUCCCGAGUGUGCGCGCGCUCUCACUGCAUUGUGGGGAGGGGGUGGGGGGAGGGCCCGGGACCCGGGGACAGUUGGAACCGGGGUCGAAACGCCGCGUGACUUGUAGGUGAGAGAACGCCGAGCCGUCGCCGCAGCCUCCGCCGCCCAGAACCCCUUGUUCCCGCUGCCGGGAAGCCGAAUCGAGUGCCGACAAGAUGGCGGACGGGGAGCUGAACGUGGAUAGUCUCAUCACCCGAUUGCUGGAGGUACGAGGAUGUCGUCCAGGAAAGAUUGUGCAGAUGACUGAAGCAGAGGUUCGGGGCUUAUGUAUCAAGUCUCGGGAGAUCUUUCUCAGCCAACCUAUUCUUUUGGAAUUGGAAGCACCACUGAAAAUUUGUGGAGAUAUUCAUGGACAGUAUACAGAUUUGCUGAGAUUAUUUGAAUAUGGAGGUUUCCCGCCAGAAGCCAACUAUCUCUUCUUAGGAGAUUAUGUGGACCGAGGAAAGCAGUCUCUGGAAACUAUUUGCUUGCUGUUGGCUUAUAAAAUAAAAUAUCCAGAAAACUUCUUUCUCUUAAGAGGAAACCAUGAGUGUGCUAGCAUCAAUCGCAUUUAUGGAUUCUAUGAUGAAUGUAAACGAAGGUUUAAUAUUAAAUUGUGGAAGACCUUCACUGAUUGUUUUAACUGUCUGCCUAUAGCUGCCAUUGUGGAUGAGAAGAUUUUCUGUUGUCAUGGAGGACUGUCACCAGACCUGCAGUCAAUGGAACAAAUUCGGAGAAUCAUGAGACCUACCGAUGUCCCUGAUACAGGUUUGCUCUGCGAUUUGCUGUGGUCCGAUCCAGAUAAGGAUGUGCAAGGCUGGGGAGAAAAUGAUCGUGGUGUCUCCUUCACUUUUGGAGCUGAUGUCGUCAGUAAAUUUCUGAACCGUCAUGAUUUGGACUUGAUUUGUCGAGCUCAUCAGGUGGUUGAAGAUGGAUAUGAAUUUUUUGCUAAGCGACAGUUGGUAACCCUGUUUUCAGCCCCAAAUUAUUGUGGCGAGUUUGAUAAUGCUGGUGGAAUGAUGAGUGUGGAUGAAACCUUGAUGUGUUCAUUUCAGAUAUUGAAACCAUCUGAAAAGAAAGCUAAGUACCAGUAUGGUGGCCUGAAUUCUGGACGUCCUGUUACUCCACCUCGAACAGCUAAUCCACCGAAGAAAAGGUGAAGAAAGGGACUGUGAAAUGAAACUAUCAGAUUUGUUAAGGACAUACUUCAUAAUAUAUAAGUGUGCACUGUAAAACCAUCCAGCCAUUUGACACCCUUUAUGAUGUCAUACCUUUAACUUAAGGAGACGGGUAAAGGAUCUUAAAUUUUUUUCUAAUAGAAAGAUGUGCUACACUGUAUUGUAAUAAGUAUACUCUGUUAAAAUGAAUUCAACAAAGUUAAAUCCAAAUUUAAAAAUAUCCAUUAAAAUUACAUCCACAGUAUCACAGUUUUUAAAAUUGAAGAGCAUCGCAGUUAAACUAGAUGUAAUAGUUAAACCACAUGAAAGCAUGGUGACUCAUCAGUGUAAUGUGGUUUUAGUGUUGCUUGGUUGUUUAAUUAUUUUAUGCUUAUUUUAUUUUGUUUGUUUUGCUACAGUAAUGGCAGAUACUUUACUUUUUUUUUUCCCCAAACAUUUUUAAAAGUGAAAUGUGGGAAGAGCUUUAAAGGUAUUCACCAACUCAUUUUCCCUUACUUUUCUCUACUUAUGUACCUGUUUGAUCUUCCUAAGAAAAUAUAUGCCUCAAUACAGGAAAAAUGAAUCUUUGAGAUUGAUUGCUUAAAAUAUUCACAAACUGUCCAAUCCA